GGCAAUAUCAAAAGUAAUAUAUCCAGACAAGAAAACGAGUAUAAAUCCUGAAAGACCCACUCUUUUCUCUUCUGGGAUUUUUCUGUUUUCUCCCAUGGGACUCUGUUUCACAAAAUUCCAUUCUCGUUCCCAUGAUAUCACUAUAUCUUCUGCAUCAGAUUCCCCUCCUCAUCCCUACCAGUCCCAACCAAAGAGACCGCCUCAACAGCGCUAUCAUAACCCACCACCGCCUUAUAAUCCACGGCCAAGAACAUCUCAAGCUCCUCCUCCAACAUCUUCAGCUUCCAAUAUUGGUCCUAUUCUUGGCAAGCCUUAUGUCGAUAUAGCCUCAAUUUAUGAUCUUGAUAAAGAACUGGGCAGAGGUCAGUUUGGUAUCACUUAUCUCUGCACUGAAAAGACAACAGGAUUGAAAUACGCUUGUAAGUCUAUCUCAAGGCGUAAGUUAGUGAAUGACAAAGAUGUUGAAGAUGUUAGAAGAGAAAUCUUGAUACUACAACACUUAACUGGCCAACCCAAUAUUGUCGAAUUCAAAGGUGCUUAUGAAGAUAGGCAGAAUCUGCAUCUGGUCAUGGAACUUUGCUCUGGCGGUGAGCUUUUCGAUCGUAUUAUAGCCAAAGGGACUUACACUGAGCGUGAAGCGGCUACAAUUACGAGGCAGAUAGUGAAUGUGGUUCAUGCUUGUCAUUUUAUGGGGGUCAUUCAUAGAGACUUGAAGCCUGAAAAUUUCUUGCUUGUUAGCAAAGCAGAGGAUUCUCCAUUAAAAGCCACUGAUUUUGGACUUUCUGUUUUCAUUGAAGAAGGGGUAGUGUAUAAGGACAUUGUUGGAAGUGCAUAUUAUGUUGCUCCAGAGGUGUUGAAUCGAAGUUAUGGCAAGGAGGUAGAUGUAUGGAGUGCUGGAAUCAUUUUAUACAUUCUUCUGAGCGGGGUGCCUCCAUUCUGGGGAGAGAACGAGAAAGGAAUAUUUGAAGCAAUUAUAAAAGGCCAACUUGACUUGCAAAGCUCGCCAUGGCCUAAAAUCUCGGCUUCUGCAAAGGACCUCAUCAGGAAAAUGUUAGCAAGAGACCCCAAGAAAAGGAUUACUGCUGCCGAAGCACUAGAGCAUCCCUGGCUAAAGGUGGGUGGCGAGGCAUCCGAGAAGCCUAUUGACAGUGCUGUUCUAAGAAGGUUGAAGCAAUUUCGAGCAAUGAACAAGCUGAAGAAGCUUGCUCUAAAGGUAAUAGCAGAAAACCUUUCAGAAGAAGAAAUCAAGGGCUUAAAGCAGAUGUUCAACAACAUGGACACUGAUAAAAGCGGUACGAUCACAUAUGAAGAACUCAAAGAUGGGUUGAAGAGACUGGGAUCUAGGCUUACUGAGGCGGAAAUAAUGCAGUUGAUGGAUGCUGCUGACGUUGACAAGAGCGGGACUAUUGAUUACGUCGAAUUUAUCACCGCAACAAUGCAUCGGCAUAAACUUGACAAGGAAGAACACAUGUUCCAAGCUUUCCAAUACUUUGACAAGGAUAACAGCGGGUAUAUCACGGGAGAUGAACUAAGACAAGCCAUGUCUCAGUAUGGAAUGGGAGACGAUGCUACCAUAGAUGAGAUCCUUGAAGAUGUUGAUAGUAAUAAAGAUGGAAGAAUAAACUACGAGGAGUUUGUAGCCAUGAUGAGAAAAGGAACACAUGAAAAUAAUGGUUUGCUGUAGAGAUUAUGGAUUGUAAGAAAAAAUGCCAGGUGCUAUCCGUGUAAGAUGGCUUGCCAGGCAGUUGAUGUGAAAAUCUGGCGAAAGCCACUUGUGUUUGCGUAAAUAAAUCUGCACUCAUCAAAACUGCAGCUCUUGUAAAUGAAUAAUGAGGAUAGCACUCUUAUUGUUCAAUGUCCAUCAUGGAUCCAUACUAAUGGUGACAGCGAUGUUUCUGCUUUUCUUUCUGCCA